UGCAGCGCGUUCGAUUCCGGCUGCAUAUCGACGAUGUGAUACGUGACAACGGUCAUAUAAUGAAUUUCGCACACACGUUAUGGAACCCCUGGUGGUUCAAAUUACCCGCGGUGGUCCGUGAAACACCGCGCCAAUCGAUCUACUCUCCUCUUUCGCUUGUUUCAAUUUCAGUGGAGCCAACCGGCGGGGAGGCCGAAGGCGGCAGUGCCGGCAACACCGGUGGCAGCGUUGGCGGCGGUUCUGGCCCCCCCUCACGUCCCGCCCCACCUCCGACCACGAAAGCAGCGUCACCAGCCACAGUGCUGGUGUGUACGUUCGGCAAGAGAGGCGUGCUGGAAAGGCAGGUGCCGGAGGACGGUUUAUGCGACAGCGUGUUUUACAUGCACAUCUACUACGACAGCCGUCGAGACAAAAUAAAGCCUUUGUACGGCUUGACAGCGUAUAAAGUUUUAGCCAACGCAGCGAAAGCCUACAACACCACGACGUUCGGGGCCUCCAUGUUCACAGACCUCAUCGCCGAGGUUAUGAUUAACAUGGAGCCUAAACUCGAGAAGGCCAUGGAGGAACUCUUCAAUGAAGGCUUCAAAGACCUUGGCAUGCUAGACGUUGACAUCGGUACGCGAGGGUAUGACGACGUGAAGGCCAACGAACUGCAGUACUUUAAGCAGGUCGAAAAGCAGGUGAAAAACAGGCCUGGAAGCAAAGUCGCCCUCUCGCUUCGAGCUAGAGCAGAUUCUCCAAAAGUGCUUGAAGCCGCCGAGCAGGUGACCAGAGAUUUCCCGUGCAUUGGGAUUGUGAUCGUACAGACGCACACCAGCGUGGCAACCGGAACCACCGACAUCUACCGAAUCGCACCAAACCCCGAUCAUACAGCAUUCGAUCAGGGCUACACUGCUGUAACGCUGAGGACGCUAAGUGGCGACCUCCUCAAAGAGGUGGCCAAAAAUAUAACUGAUGGCCGUCGCCACCUGUUGUUAUCAAUAGCCAUGUAUGCGAACGCCUAUCGCGUCAAGAACGAAUCCAACCUCAACGACACCAGAAACAAUAAGCAAAGCCUCAUUAUGGACUAUCGAGCGGUGUGCAAUUGUUCGGUAGCUCUAUGUGAGCGCUUUAUGGAUCCCAUGGACCCUUCUACUGAGUAUUCGGUGAACCACAUACGCAAUGUGACCCUGGUGUACUUAGACGACAAAAGACAAAUUGAGGACAAGGCCAAAGAUCGGAUGGAAGCCCUGUCUCAGAAAGGCACCGGCAUCGCGGCAUACAACAUUGAAAUGGACGACUUCGACGGCACUUGCGGGCAAGCAUUCGACCGCCUGCGUGCCAUCAAGGCACAAGUCGUGAAGUAUGGAUGACCAGGACAUGUCCUCAAGUACUGCCUACUUCCGACCCCCCCAUUGUACCUGUUUAGUGUGACAAAGUGCUUGGGCAGUAGGAGGUAGGCGCCUUUGGCUUUGCAAGAAUGACUAAACCGAAGGGUGCGGGAGUACAUCAUUAAUAUGUUUUGGAUUUGUCAGUGAGGUCGUUGAGUUUUGUUUGAUGCCUCAGGAGUAAUAAAGUGGGAAGAA